AAAAUAAUAAUGAUGAUGAUGGAAUCAAUUACUUAUGGUUGAUAGUUUUUUUUAAUUGGUGUCUGAUCCAUGAUCUUCGUGUUAGUGACACCGUUGAAAUCAACUCGUUGAACCUGCUAUACUACUGCUAUCCUAGAAACUGAAAAUAUAAUUACAAAAUACAAAUAAACGGUUUUAAAUACACAAAAGCUUACAAAUUAUUGCCACUAAGUGAUUUGUUUAACAAAAAUUUUGAACUUGUUUUUCAAGAACUCAAAUUUCCAUUAAAACAGAAAUGUAACGUUCGCUUGUUUGUUUUAGCAAAACAGGAAGUUACCGGGGGGGAAUCAUCUUGGCUGCUUUGCGUACGUUUCGCCUUCGCUUCACGUAAAACACUGAGUGCAAGCUGAUACCCAAAGAUUUACAUGCGGGACAGUGAUGCAAGCGAGCCUACUGGGAAAUAAUGAAGGCAGUGCUGCCUUUUGAAUACAAAACAAGAUAUGUUCUGAAGAAAUAAAGACCCGUCUGUGUCUUUUCGUCAACUAUGUGACUGUGUUAGACGAUGCGGCGGGUGUUCUAACAUACGUCGUGUGUAGUAGUGGAUACUUUAUGGACGGCUGGACGAGGAAGGAGAGGCUGAAGCUGGUGAGUCGGGACAUCAGCUGAGAUGGAAGAGGAGCGUUAGCAAGCUAGCCUCUCUUACAGCAACUGCCAUAUCAGAUCCCUUCCCUUUUUGUAGAGCAACUUAGUGAUUCAUAUCAGUCGUCAUGGCCACGAAUGGCAGCAGUUCACCACCCGGAGUGGGAGAGAUCGUCCAGUUAAACGUCGGUGGGUCAAGGUUCAGCACAUCCAGACAGACUCUGAUGUGGAUCCCAGACUCUUUCUUCUCCAGUUUACUUAGUGGAAGGAUUUCCACUCUUCGAGAUGAAACUGGAGCUAUAUUUAUCGAUAGGGACCCAACAGCUUUUGCACCGAUUCUCAAUUUUCUGAGAACCAAGGAACUGGACUUAAGAGGUGUCAACAUCAGCGUUCUCAGACACGAGGCAGAAUUUUACGGGAUUACUCCCUUAGUGCGACGCCUGCUGCUGUGUGAGGAAUUGGACCGUUCCUCGUGCGGUAGUGUCCUCUUCCAUGGUUACCUGCCACCACCAGCCGUUCCAGUGCGAAAGUCCAGUCCUGCCUCCGCCUCCUCUAACGAGCGGCCGGGUCCGAGUGGAGCAGAGAGUUUUGCCCGUGUUGCUUCUCUUCCUGGUGCUGAUGAUACUAUCAAACUGGCUCCUGUUAUUGACCCUAGGAAGGUGUUGAUUAUAGCAGGACACCACAACUGGAUAGUGGCAGCUUAUGCUCACUUUGUCAUCUGUUACAGGAUUAAAGAAUCAACAGGAUGGCAGCAAGUGUUUUCUUCGCCUUACCUUGAUUGGACCAUUGAACGUAUUGCACUAAAUGCCAAAGUGGUGGGCGGGCCGCAUGGAGACAAGGAUAAGAUGGUGGCUGCAGCUUCUGACAGCAGAAUCAUUCUCUGGAGCAUCCAAGAUGGCGGCAGUGGGAAUGAGAUAGGUAUAUUCAGUCUCGGCGUUCCGGUUGAUGACCUUUUCUUCAUCGGGAACCAGCUAGUGGCUACGAGCCACACAGGAAAGGUUGGGGUCUGGAACGCCGUCACUCAGCACUGGCAGGUUCAGGAUGUGGUUCCCAUCACCAGCUGUGACACUGCAGGAUCUUUUCUGCUUCUGGGCUGCAAUAAUGGCUCUAUCUAUUACAUAGACAUGCAAAAGUUCCCUCUGAGGAUGAAGGACAAUGACCUUUUAGUGACGGAGCUCUAUCACGACCCUUCCAAUGAUGCCAUCACAGCACUCUCCGUGUACCUCACUCCUAAAACCAGUGUGAGUGGGAACUGGAUAGAAAUAGCUUAUGGGACGAGCAGUGGGGCAGUGAGAGUGAUUGUGCAACACCCGGAGACAGUAGGAUCAGGUCCUCAGCUCUUUCAGACGUUCACUGUUCACAGGAGCCCAGUGACUAAAAUCAUGCUGUCUGAAAAACAUCUGGUGUCAGUGUGUGCAGAUAAUAACCAUGUCCGGACUUGGACGGUGACCCGGUUCCGAGGGAUGAUUUCAACUCAACCAGGCUCCACCCCUCUGGCAUCAUUUAAAAUACUGUCACUGGAGGAAACUGAAAGUCAUGGCAGCUACUGCUCUGGAAAUGAUAUAGGUCCAUUUGGAGAGAGGGAUGACCAACAGGUUUUCAUACAGAAGGUCAUACCCAUCACUAACAAACUGUUUGUGAGGCUCUCUUCUACUGGGAAAAGGAUCUGUGAGGUGCAGUCAGUGGAUGGCACUACCAUCACCUGCUUCAUGGUAAGAGAGUGUGAGGGUUCCAGUCGAAUGGGAUCUCGACCGCGCCGCUAUCUGUUCACGGGACAAGGCAAUGGCAGCAUCCAAAUGUGGGACCUGACCACAGCGAUGGACACGGCCAACAAAGGAGAGGAGAGAAAAAAAGACGAUGUUGGAGGACCAACUGAGGAGGAGCUGCUGCAGCUGCUGGACCAGUGUGACCUGAGUACUUCUCGCUGUGCAACACCAAACAUUAGCCCCGCCCCAUCGGUCAUGCACCAUGCACAGCUCAGAGAGUCCUGCUCCAGUCUGCAGUUACAGGCACCGGAGCCCAUUCCUGAAAACCAGGCCACUUAUGGAGCUGUGCGGCCCUACAGAGAGAGCCCCCUGCUGGCUCGAGCUCGCCGGACUGAGUCUUUCCACAGCUACAGAGACUUCCAGAACUUCAGCUUGAGUCGGGGAGGUCUGGACCAGACAGGCCAGACGUCCUGCCAAGGCCCCCACCAGUCUGCCGAUGCACGCCGUUCGUUUUGUGACUUCGCACCUCAGGACAUUGAGAGGAGAGCCUCAGUUAUGGAGCUGUGGGCUUCCCGCACCAACAGUGCAAGCUCCGGUUCCACUGUCGGGGGGGUUUCGUUGACAAAAGCAGAAGGUAGUCAGGAAUCACCACGGCAACCUCCAGACAGCCCAGUUCCAGGAGGGGAUGUCAGGCAAAAAGUACACCCUCAGCUAGAGGAAGGAGAUGGAGGAGAUUGGAUGAAGGCUGAGGGAAGUGUGAAGAAGAAGGGAGUGUUGGAAGGAGGCUUUCUGGGGAGAAAGCGGGCUCCCCCUGUUCCUCACUUUUCCCUCCCAUCUGGAUCUGAAGGUGGGGGCAGUGACUCAUCUACAAAUGCCUCGCCCUCCCCAACCAAACUAGCUGCCUCCACCUCCCCGCGACAGAAGAAACUGGCAGCUGAAGCCUCCAGUCAAGACAGCAGCUUGUAAUCCCAGACAAUUGCUGAAUUUGUUGUGGGUGAAGACAAGAACUUUUCAAAUUUGCAAAGUAAAAGAGAAAAAAAGUUCAGGAUCUUUGUUUUGGGAGCCCACAAUCCUGAGCACUACUAUGUUUACUCAUUCCUGCACUAAGGGACAACAUCUCAACACUAACAUCACAUCAUCUCUAGCCGAGGAGGGACAUUCAGUGAAACAUCUGUUGGGUCUAAAAACAUCUGCAAAUCGGCUUUUAGGGUUAAGACCAUCAUAGUCUUUGGGCGUUGAUGUUUUUGCAUUUUUAGGUUUUACGCUUUGUCCUGAAGAGGCGAUGAAAGUGUUUGUGUGUUUUGUGUCGCUGCGGCUCACGCAUGAUGUGACACAGGAAAGCAGAGCGUCUGUCUGAUCAGGUACUCAAAGGUUUAUUAUCCAAACACAUCAGAGGUCACUAAUUAGAUUGACUGCUUUAAGAAAUCAAGAUCCAUCUAUGGUUUGCUCAAAACCUACAUUUAAGUAGAAGAGACAAAAGACCCGAUUGAUCUUAAAUUAAAGCUCAUUGCGGUGUAUGCAAUUGCUAACUCAGCUUAAACACUUUACUUUAGCUAGAAAUUAGCAGAUACUUGAAAGCCUUUAUAUCUUCCCAUAGACACUUACAUGUUGGUUUUUGAUGUGGAUAGAAAGACACAUACAGAUUGUCUAAGGAAACUUGGAGAUUGUUUUUAGUAAUUUCCUCUAUUGCUUUAUUGUGCAGAAUCACAUUGGGGGGCAAAUUUUGUAAAAAUCAGCCGAAGUGGAGAAGGGUUGCAUGUGAACAGCAGUUGAACAUGGGUCAGUCGGUCCUAAGGGAAAAAUCCAAGAAAUUUGUCCUCCAAAAGAUGCAACAACUGCACAAAGGGGCUUUGCGAAAACCUUCCCUUCUAGCUAAUGCUGUGCAUGAUCCCACUACAUUUUUUGAUAAUUAUUUUUUUAACGUUUGCCACUUUCAACCUGCACUUGAUAAAAGGACCUGCAUAUACACUUUAUCACUAUAACCCCCCCCCCCCAAAGUGGGCUUUAUAUGUAUUGUUUUGUGCAGCAUGGCUGUUGCAGUGCCUUAUUUAGCCGUGUUUGUGUCUUAGUUGAAACAUUUUGUGACCAAAGGUUGGUGAAGGUGGAGAUCAUGGUGAAGUUGCAGGAAGGGACCUUGAUCUAAACUUUACCUGACUUUGACUGAAAAAAAAAAAAGUCACAUCAGUUUUCCAGCUGGUGUCAUUACAUACUAAACUAUAGUUGUGGUUUACCUUGUGAGUGUAAAACACAAACGUUUUGGAGAAAAGGGACCUGACAUGUCACAUGUUAUGAUGUGAACCAGAGUGUACAGUUUAUGGAGCACCAAACAAAAGCAGCUGCAUGAGAUCUUUUCUAUGAAGGCCAAAAACUGUCUGUGUCAUUUAUGAAGAAGGUUCAUCAACAUUUGAGCCCAGCGGCUCAUUAUCUGCAGUAUUUCAUCUCCAAACAUCAAAACUGAUCCUGCCCAGUGGAUCAAAUCCAGCAGCUGUUGAACAUCUUCCGCUGUUUAUUUCUGUAGAACAUACGUGACAAUGUGUUCUGUUUGUACCAAGAGGAAAUGCAGGAUACACUAACAGUACUGACAGCCGAUGAACCUUCGUUCAAAAAAUGCAUUAAUGUGUGUGAUGUGUUUUAUGUGAAACUACAGAAUUCAUUCCCAGAAAUGUUUGCUUCUAAACUGCAGAAAAGAUGUGGAUCUGUGUUUUUCUACAUUUGUUCACAUGUAUUUAUACAGACAUUAAUGGUAAGAUCGUCAGAAUCUUUCCAUGUAAGACUUAAUGCUAACAGCUCAAAUUGGAAAACAGCACUUGGCUGUUUUCAUCUCUGUGGGGAAUGCUUCACUUGUACCCAAUCUCGAUCUUUCAUUUACUUAUUAGUAUUACUGCAGAAAUACAGAAAACACGUAUUGACGUAGUAUAAACUUUUCUGCCUUUCACUCAUUAGGCUGUAUUUGCAGUAAUUGCAGCAUCAGGGGUCAAAACUCAUUCACAAAAAUCCCCCAAAUAUCAUUCUGCUUCAUAAUGGUCAAAUGACAGACUCAAGUUAUUGUUGUAUUUUGAGGAGAAAGUAAGUAAGAAAAGUAAAAGUUGUUUUGUAAAUACAUGUUCAUAUAUAAUCUGUAUUUAUGUGAUUGUGUGAUGGACCUGAAUACUUUUGCCUUUGCACUAUACAAAUUAACACUACGAUAUCUUGCUAGUGUUUGAUUAUACUAAUAUUGUUUAAAACAUCUGAGAAUGCAGUUGUUUUUUGUCCCUAGUUAUGUUUACAUCAUAGUACAGCUGUGUUCAUAAACUAAACAUAUCAGUCCAUUUAAACUCUCAUGUAUACCAUUUAUUUUUAAAUGUGUUUGUAUAAAAUGCCUCAUAUUCUAACAUGUAUAGCUGCUGUCAGAACUGAUCCGAUGUUAAGAUUAAGCCUCGCACUUUACAGCUUUGACUUGUCCUGUUUUUUUUACUUUUCGUUCUAAAACGUAAUUUUUAUCCUUUUUUUUUACUUUUCUUUCUAAAACUUCAUUUUCAUCCCACUUGUGAAUUGAUAUCUCCAUUUUUUUCAUUCACGCUGCAUUCAAGUGCAUGUUGCAACACUGAAAAACACUGCAAAAGAGAUUGUUUUAUAUGCAUAAUUACAGAUGAUAAGAAUUUUGACACAUUCAAACAAGAUUUAAGUUUCUAGAUUGCCUAAAGCGUGUGUUUUUAUAGGUUUUUAGCAAUAGUUUUGUCUAAAUGUAUUUAUUGAAGUGUUCAGUUUUUUGUUUUUGAGCAUCACAGUGUGCGCUUUUUCUUGCCCCCCCCCACUUUCAUUUCACUAACCUUCCUGCUCAGACGGCCUCCUCUCUGCGACGGCGUCUGUCGUCAUUGUGAUUUAUGACUUUAAUAAAAGCGUGUGUGUGUGCAUGCACAUUUGUAUACGUAGCUCAGGGCCAUACUGUCCCUUACAAUCACUCCACAAGCUCUCUGUUCACAGCCUCUCCCUCCCGCCGUGGCUGACAAUAGCUGUGAAUGUGGCUGAGAAUGGUUUGGAAGUGCCCUUGUCAGAUUGGCGUCCUUGAGUGAGGGCACAGUUGUUUCUGCCAGUUUGUUAAUUUCAAACUUGCCUCUGUGUCCCCUAAAGGAGUAAAACUAAAUUACGGUUGUAUAGUUUUGACACAGACACUGUGUGUUUGUGUGUGACUGUGUAAGUCUGUGUACAGCUGCUGGCACAUCUGUGUUGUACAAAUGAAGCAAAAAGAAGUCUUGAACUGACAUGGCAGGAACAGGAGUUUCUGUAAGGAGCAUAUUUAGGCUGAGCUGUACCAUUUUUAGGAUUAUAGGAACUCUUGUGCAAAACAUGUUCUUUACAUAUCUUAACAUUUGAAUUCCAAAUGCAUUUUUCCUCAUCUCUAGACAACUAUAUCAACAUAGAAUCAAUGCUCACUAAUCACUCAGAAAUGUUGUUCCCUUCUAAACUUUUUUAAGUUAUUGUGCCUUUUUGUGUUUGUUUGAUUUCACAUAGUCUCUCUUAAAACCAAACACUUCAGUGUAAUAAAAUAAAGAAUGGUGACAGCU